UUCGAAUUUAAUCAUACAUCAAUUUUCCAGCUCAUUAGUCUUGACUGAGUCAACUCAUAUCUCCAACAUUCAACUCGACAUUGGUUUUUUUCUCCUCUGUAUUAUCCAAUCUUCUUGUAUUUUCUAGCUCCUCUUUAAUCAUACUCUUCUUCGCUAAACAGUACUAAUUCAUAAUCAUGCCAUCAUCAUCAUCAUCAUCAUCAUCAUCAUCAUCAAUUUCAAUGAAAAUAAUCCGAGCUCUAAAUCUCUUCCGAAAUAAGACAAAAUCAAGAAAUGAUCAUGCUAAUGACAACGUUUUGUUGCAAACUAUUACACCAACUCUUCCAGACCACAUUUUGAUGGAGGAAAUUCUACCGCGACUUCCGGUAAAACAUCUAAUCACCUUCAAAUUAGUUUCUAAACAAUGGAAUCAUGCUAUCUCUAGUUAUACUUUUGCAAAAUCACACCUGAAAUUUGCUUAUUUACUUGAUCAGUUUUUUCUUAUUAAUCCUCGAUCAAACUUGUUUUGUGAUUGGGAUCACUUCUUCUACUUGUUACGCUACAAUGAAAGUAGUAGUGUAAAUGAAUUGGUUGGAAUAGAUGUAAGUGUUAGUUUUAUGUUUCCAACUUUAGUAGGUUGUUGUAAUGGCCUUGUAUGUUUCACUUAUCAAAAAGACAGAACUAGUUGUUUCUGUCUUUGGAAUCCUGCUACUCGCAAAUGCCGCGAUAUCAGUAAUCCUGGUGGUGUAAUGUUUGCGUUGGCAUACGGAUUUGGUUAUGUAUCGUCUAUUGAUGACUACAAGAUUUUUUCGUCGUUUGGGAGUAAAACGGAUCAGUUUCCUGCAUUUUUCGUGUUUUCGUGGAAGGAGGGGAGGUGGAGAUCGAUUAAUGGGUUAGAUGAGGAUGUUGGCAAUCAUUUGUUGUUGAACUCAGUGUGGAUUGAUGAUACUUUGUUUUGGCCUCCUAAUCCUAGCAGUGAAAGUAUUGUUGGAUUUAACUUUGUGAGUGAGAAAUUGGAAGUAUAUCCAAUGAUGAUUUGGUCCAGUUGUGUAUACUUGGGGAUGGAUUUGUAUCGGUUGGAUGGGUGCUUAGCAUUGUUCGGGCACAAGGAUGAUGAAGCUUCCGAUUUUUGGGUGUUGAAGAAACAUGAUGAUUGGAGUUCUUGGAAGAAAUCGUUCACUGUCAAUUUGAGGAAUGUUUCUCUUAUAAACUUUUCUGAAACAGGGAAGUGUUUGGUUCGGCAUUCUGAUCAGCUUAAGUUGGUUGAUGUAUGUAAGGAGGCUUUGGAACGUGUUCGAGGAGACUUCAAUUUUAGUCCAAUGGUGAAAACAGGGAACUACAUUGAGAGUCUCAUUUCACCAUAUGGAACAACAAUGUCUGAUGAGGAGGAAUUGGAUUAAGAGUACAGGUUGAUAGAGGCUAUUGCUAAUUUCCCAAAGCAUCUACUUGAGGUUGUAGCUAACUAGCUAUGUUGCACCGGAAAUCAAAAGCGAAAACAAGAAAACUGAGAAAUGCAAAUCCUAACAAUUGGAAACAUGGAAUGCUUUUGUUAUUUCAUUGGGAAAAAUAUGUAAGAAUCAAAGUACCAUAAUCAUGGUUGUGAUUGUGUGCAUUUUAUUUUUAAGAUUUUAUAGAUCCACAAAGUGGAAGAAGUUAAUAGACAAUCAUAGUAGAGAAAUACAAAGAUCAGAUACCCGAAAUUCCAUGAGUUUUUGGGUUUUAGAGUUUGGGAAAUGUAAGACAAAAUCUUCAUGAGCUUUCUUGUGCAUAAUAUCGGUUUUCAGUGAUUUGGAACAGAUUGAAGUGGAUGCUCUUAAUCUUAAAUUCUUUCACAUGGAAGCUGACUAAAGAUAGCGUUUAUGUAGAAGACUAGAACUUGGUACAGAAAGUAACAAGUGGUAUGACCGUUUGGUUAAGUUCCUUACCAAGCUAAGUCAUUGUGAUUUGUGAACAUUUGUAUGUCAUGUUGAUAUUACUAGUAUAUUGAAGUUAGAGAUGGAAAUAAGUGCUUUGCUAUUAAACUUAUGUUGGAAAACGCUGAAAGUCAUUUUACUCAUGAAUUUGUGGCCAUUAUCAAGGAUGUUUGUGCUCUCAUUAGAGGAAGCUGGGAAGUGGAUCUUCUUCAUGUUAACAGGGAAGCUAAUGCGGUUGCCCAUAGCGUAGCGAGCUUUGCUAAUGAGAUAAAAAAGCUUCACAUGGUUGAUGGUUGUCCCCUGACGGCCCGUUUGGUAGUCGUUAAUAAAUUGCGGUAAUGGAAUGAAUUUUAAAUGUAAUUUUAUUAGGGAAGCACCUUUAAAAUAUCCAUGGGGAUGCAUUUUUUCUCCAUGGGCAAGCAAUCUCACCCCUAAACUUGUGUUUUUGUCUCCAAAAGGAAGCAAUUUUCAUUACCACUCAUUACCACCUACAAGGUGGUAUUGGAUGGGAUGAAAAUUCAAGAAGGAAAGUGGACACUUUAGGAUAAAUUAGCAUUACCAUGCGAAUGGACAAUGAUAUUUUUCACAAAUUUAGACACAAAUUCAUUCACAUUACCACCAUUUAUUACCAACUACCAAACGGGCCGUGAGUGUGCUAAGGAAGCCUGUGAAAAGGAUAGAAAGAAUGGGAGUUUGGCUUAGGGCCAUGUUUUGUUAUUUGUGGACUAAUGUAGGUAUGUUAAUUGCUUUACGAUUAUUUGGCUUCAUUGGGCUUCGGUUUACACCAAGCUUUUGCUUUGUAAUUUGGCUGCUUUAUCAGCACUUUUAGUUUAAAGAACUAGUUCCUUUUUUUAAAAAAGAAGGUGUUAAACUGUUAAUAUAUAUAGAAGAGAUAAGUUAGUGACUU